AAUACAAGGCACAUAUUCAGAGCAAGGACUAAGAGUAGAAUUACUACAAACCGAAAGUCAUGAAGAAGAAAAACAUCACAGCCAUUGUUAAAGAACUGAACGUACGCAUGAAGAAAGAGCCGAUCACUCUCCGAUACAUUCACAUCCUCGUCAGCGUUGUCUUCUUCUCCUCCGCCGCAUCUCUCCUCUUCCUCCUCGCUCUUUACUUCAACCAACAAUUCCAAACAUCACUAUUCCUCGUCAAAGAUUUCUCCUCCAACCCUCUCACUUCUCUCCCUCCUCCUCACAGCUCCGGCAAUGAUGUGGCGGAUGAAGAGUUGAUGCGUCGAGCAGAGAUGGCGUCACGUGGCGUGGUGAUGAAUGAGACUAAUCCAAAGGUGGCGUUUAUGUUUCUGACGAGGUGGAAUCUUCCUUUGUCCCCUCUUUGGGAGAUGUUCUUCAAAGGGCAUGAGGGUUUUUAUUCCAUUUAUGUUCAUUCAUCGCCGGAGUUCACUGAGGAGCCACUGGAAUCUUCAGUGUUUUACAAGAAACGUAUACCAAGCAAGGCCGUUGAAUGGGGAGAAUCAUCCAUGAUUGACGCCGAGAGGCGUCUUUUAUCUCACGCGAUUCUUGAACCUUCCAACGCACGUUUCGUUAUCCUCUCCGAGACUUGCAUCCCUCUCUUCAACUUCACCACAGUCUACACUUACCUCAUGCGCGCCACUUCCUCCUUCCUCGGCUCUUUCGACGAUCCAAGGCCCAUAGGCCGAGGUCGUUACAACCCUAGAAUGUUCCCACAUUUAUCACUCUCUGAUUGGCGGAAAGGAAACCAGUGGUUCGAGAUCUCACGUAAAGUUGCUGCCGAGAUAGUCUCCGAUCAUCGGUACUACGCCCUCUUCAAGGAAAACUGUCGUCCGCCGUGCUACAUGGACGAGCAUUAUCUUCCGACAUUGGUUAACAAGAUAUGUCCGGAGAUGAACUCGAACCGGACAGUGACGUGGGUGGAUUGAUCAAGAGGUGGUUCCCAUCCAGCGAGGUUUGUGAGGGAGGAUAUACGGGUCGGGUUCUUGGAUUGGAUCCGGUUCGGGUCGAAUUGUAGCUACGAAGGUGAGGUUAUGAACGUGUGUUUUCUUUUCGCGAGGAAGUUUCAUGUGAGCACCCUCGAGCCUCUCAUGCAGAUUGCUCCAUAUUUGUAUGGAAUAUAA